GUGGAGUGUAUAGAGGAACACAGGGGUCUGUACAAGGACUUGAUGAUGGAGAAUCACCGGCCCCACACAUCACUGGAAGGACCCAGUAACAGAGAUACCCCAGAGAGAUGUCCCCGUCCUCUGUAUUCCCAGGACUGUACAGAGGAGAAUCACAGGAUCCCACAGGAGGAUCAGGGUGAAGCCCAAUUAAAUAAUAUUAAAAUCAAAGAUACAGAGGGAGAAGAAGAGACAUAUGUGACUGAUACAAAGGCAGAAGAUACAGAGGGAGAAGAAGAGACGUAUGUGACUGAUAUAAAGGCAGAAGAUAUAGAUGGAGAAGAAGAGACGUAUGUGACUGAUAUAAAGGCAGAAGAUAUAGAGGGAGAAGAAAAGACGUAUGUGACUGAUAUAACGGCAGAAGAUAUAGAUGGAGAAGAAGAGACGUAUGUGACUGAUAUAAAGGCAGAAGAUAUAGAGGGAGAAGAAGAGACGUAUGUGACUGAUAUAAAGGCAGAAGAUACAGAGGGAGAAGAAGAGACGUAUGUGACUGAUAUAAAGGCAGAAGAUAUAGGGGGAGAAGAAGAGACGUAUGUGACUGAUAUAAAGGCAGAAGAUAUAGGGGGAGAAGAAGAGACGUAUGUGACUGAUAUAAAGGCAGAAGAUACAGAAGAAGAAGAGACGUAUGUGACUGAUAUAAAGGCAGAAGAUAUAGAGGGAGAAGAAGAGAUGUAUGUGACUGAUAUAAAGGCAGAAGAUAUAGAGGGAGAAGAAGAGACGUAUGUGACUGAUAUGAAGGCAGAAGAUACAGAGGGAGAAGAAGAGACGUAUGUGACUGAUAAAAAGGCAGAAGAUAUAGAUGGAGAAGAGGAGACGUAUGUGACUGAUAUAAAAGCAGAAGAUACAGAGGGAGAAGAAGAGACGUAUGUGACUGAUAUAAAGGCAGAAGAUAUAGAGGGAGAAGAAGAGACGUAUGUGACUGAUAUAAAGGCAGAAGAUAUAGAGGGAGAAGAAGAGACGUAUGUGACUGAUAUAAAGGCAGAAGAUAUAGAGGGAGAAGAAGAGACAUAUGUGACUGAUAUAAAGGCAGAAGCUAUAGAGGGAGAAGAAGAGACGUAUGUGACUGAUAUGAAGGCAGAAGAUAUUGCGGGAGAAGAAGAAACGUAUGUGACUGAUAUGAAGGCAGAAGAUACAGAGCGAGAAGAAGAGACGUAUGUGACCGAUAUAAAGACAGAAGAUAUAGAGGGAGAAGAAGAGACGUAUGUGACUGAUAUAAAGGCAGAAGAUACAGAGGGAGAAGAAGAGACGUAUGUGACUGAUAUAGAGACAGAAGAUACUGAGGAAGAAGAAGAGACGUAUCUGAAGGGUGAUCAGCAGUGUAAGGAGGAGGAGAUCCCUACAGAUAUCAGCACAGCAGGUGGACACACAAGCAGGAAUAUCUCAGAAGGACAUCUAAUGUUAUCCCCGGAUUGUGACAUAAAAGAUAAUGACAGUAGACAGGAUUCUCCAGGAGAUAACCCCAUUACCCCAAUUAUACAUCUAGCUCUAUCAGCUGAGCCCUCUGAUCCUGGGAAAUGUUCUCCUGAUCACUCUGAUAUUGGUGCAUCUGUUACAGCUCUGACAGUAGAUACAGUGUUUCCUUGUUCUAUAGAUGCCAAAUGUUUUACACAGAACACAAAGCCUAUUAACCCACACACAGGUAAGGCAGUUGAGAGGCCACUGAUAUGUUCUGAGUGUGGGAAAUGUUUUACAUACAAAUCACAGCUUGUUAUACAUCAGAAAAGUCACACAGGUGAGAAGCCAUUUUCUUGCUCUGAGUGUGGGAAAUGUUUUGCACAGAAAUCACAUCUUAUUAAUCAUGAGAGAAGUCACACAGGUGAGAGGCCAUUUUCUUGCUCUGAGUGUGGGAAAUGUUUUGCAUGGAAAUCACAUCUUGUUAUACAUCAGAAAAGUCACACAGGCGAGAGGCCAUUUUCUUGCUCUGAGUGUGGGAAAUGUUUUGCACGGAAAUCACAUCUUGUUAUACAUCAGAAAAGUCACACAGGCGAGAGGGCAUUUUCUUGCUCUGAGUGUGGGAAAUGUUUUGCACAGAAAUCACAUCUUAUUAAUCAUGAGAGAAGUCACACAGGUGAGAGGCCAUUUUCUUGCUCUGAGUGUGGGAAAUGUUUUGCACUCAAAUCAGAUCUUGUUAGACAUCAGAGAAGUCACACAGGUGAGAAGCCGUUUUCUUGCUCUGAGUGUGGGAAAUAUUUUGCAUGGAAAUCACAUCUUGUUAUACAUCAGAAAAGUCACACAGGCGAGAGGCCAUUUUCUUGCUCUGAGUGUGGGAAAUGUUUUGCACGGAAAUCACAUCUUGUUAUACAUCAGAAAAGUCACACAGGCGAGAGGGCAUUUUCUUGCUCUGAGUGUGGGAAAUGUUUUGCACUCAAAUCAGAACUUGUUAGACAUCAGAGAAGUCACACAGGUGAGAAGCCAUUUUCUUGCUCGGAGUGUGGGAAAUGUUUUGCACAGAAAUCACAUCUUAUUAAUCAUGAGAGAAGUCACACAGGUGAGAAGCCAUUUUCUUGCUCGGAGUGUGGGAAAUGUUUUGCACAGAAAUCACAUCUUAUUAAUCAUGAGAGAAGUCACACAGGUGAGAAGCCAUUUUCUUGCUCGGAGUGUGGGAAAUGUUUUGCACUCAAAUCAGAUCUUGUUAGACAUCAGAGAAGUCACACUGGUGAGAAGCCAUUUUUUUGCUCUGAGUGUGGGAAAUGUUUUGCACUCAAAUCAGAACUUGUUAGACAUCAGAGAAGUCACACAGGUGAGAAGCCAUUUUCUUGCUCGGAGUGUGGGAAAUGUUUUGCACAGAAAUCACAUCUUAUUAAUCAUGAGAGAAGUCACACAGGUGAGAGGCCAUUUUCUUGCUCUGAGUGUGGGAAAUGUUUUGCACUCAAAUCAGAUCUUGUUAGACAUCAGAGAAGUCACACUGGUGAGAAGCCAUUUUUUUGCUCUGAGUGUGGGAAAUGUUUUGCACUCAAAUCAAAUCUUCUUAUACAUCUCAGAAGUCACACAGGUGAGAGGCCAUUUCCAUGUUCUGAGUGUGGGAAAUGUUUUACAAAGAAAUCAGCUCUUGUUACACAUCAGAGAAGUCACACAGGUGAGAAGCCGUUUUCCUGUUCUGAGUGUGGGAAAUGUUUUGCAUGCAACUCAAAUCUUGCUACACAUCAGAGAAAUCACACAGGUGAGAAGCCGUUUUCCUGUUCUGAGUGUGGGAAAUGUUUUUCAUGGAAAUCAGAUCUUGUUACACAUCAGAGAAGUCACACAGGUGAGAAGCCGUUUUCAUGUUCUGAGUGUGGGAAAUGUUUUACACAGAAAUCAGCUCUUGUUACACAUCAGAGAAGUCACACAGGUGUGAAGCCGUUUUCCUGUUCUGAGUGUGGGAAAUGUUUCGCAUUUAAAUCAGUUCUUGUUAUACAUCAGAGAAGUCAUACAGGUGAGAUGCCGUUUUCCUGUUCUGAGUGUGGGAAAUGUUUCGCAUUUAAAUCAGUUCUUGUUACACAUCAGAGAAGUCACACAGGUGAGAUGCCGUUUUCCUGUUCUGAGUGUGGGAAAUGUUUCGCAUUUAAAUCAGUUCUUGUUAUACAUCAGAGAAGUCACUCAGGUGAGAAGCCGUAUUUCUGUUCUGAGUGUGGGAAAUGUUUUGUACGGAAAUCAGAUCUUGUCACACAUCAGAGAAGUCACACAGGUGAGAAGCCGUAUUCCUGUUCUGAGUGUGGGAAAUGUUUUGCACAGAAAUCAAAUCUUGUUACACAUCAGAGGAGUCACACAGGUGAGAAGCCGUAUUCCUGUUUUGAGUGUGGGAAAUGUUUUGUACGGAAAUCAGAUCUUGUCACACAUCAGAGAAGUCACACAGGUGAGAAGCCGUAUUCCUGUUCUGAGUGUGGGAAAUGUUUUGCACAGAAAUCAAAUCUUGUUACACAUCAGAGGAGUCACACAGGUGAGAGGCCAUUUUCAUGCUGUGAGAGAAAUAAAUCCGCUCUUGUUGAACACAUUAGACAUUACCCAAGUACGGAACCAUUUACAUCUUCUGGAGUAUAAUUAUCACUGUCAUGCAAUGUUCCUCAAGGGUGAAUCCUAUC